GCGACAGCUGCCGCAGUCUCGACGGACCACAGACCUCGAAACGAUGUGCAUGCAUGUGCCGUUCACCUGCUUCACUGCACAGCCCACGUGUUGAAGACCGCUGCAGAGGUGGGUUUCUUCAUUGACCUCUUUAGGCCUGACAUGUCCAAGUGACCUCAUGUAAAAAUUCCUAACCAUGAUGACAGGCUGAAAGAGGUAUCUGCAGUAAGCUUAUUUCCCAGGAAAGCCACGAUUAGCCUCUACACGCUCACUCCAGUGGCAGGAGAGGAGCAACUUCAUCUGUGAGCUUGUCAGUCGUUCAGUACAACACAAAGUCAGCGGGCACCUGCUGCUUGGAGAUUUCACAUCGGGAGAGAGUUACACACGAAAGUCCAGUCAUGGCCCUUAACUGCACGGCGAGCCUGCCGCCCCCGUCCUGGACGUUCGCGUCGCUGUACCUGCUGGUGUUUAUAACCAGCCUGCUGCUCAACUGCACGGCGGCGUGGGUGUUCUUCCAGAUCCACGCCCACAAGAAGACCUUCGCACUAUACUUGCGCAACAUGCUGGCCGCCGACUUGCUGAUGACCCUGGUGCUGCCCGUCACCAUAGCAACCGAGGCGGGGGUGGGGCCCUGGUGGCUGCGGUCCGUCUCCUGCCGCUACACGGCCGUGCUCUUCUACUGCUGCAUGUACGUCAACAUCCUCUUCCUCGGCCUACUGGCGCUCGAUCGCUACCUGAAGAUCGUGCGGCCCUUCGGGGUUGCGCGCGGGAGCUGCCUCUACAACUACUCCUUCACCCGAGCCAUGGCAGCGUUCGUGUGGCUGGCCAUGGGGGCCCUGUCGUUCCCCAACUCCAUCCUGACCAAUCAGGAGCCGACGCCGGAGACUGCGCACUGCUGCCCGAGCCUGAAGUGCGCACUGGGGCUGUGGUGGCAUGAGCUGGUGGUCUACGUAAACACAGGGAUUUUCUCCUCCGUGCUGAUCACACUGCUGGCCUCUUAUGCCUGCAUCUACAGGCAGGUUUGGGUCUCCUCCACCAGGUUUGUAGCUAUGGGCCGUCAGAAGCCCAAGUCCCAGCAAAACAUCCUGGUGGUGGUGGUGGUGUUUUUCCUGUGCUUCGUGCCUUAUCAUCUGUGGCGGAUCCCGUUCACACGGAGUCAAACCAGCCACCACUUCUCCCGAGAGGUGGCGGCUAUGCUGAUGGAGGGCAAGAAGAUCACAUCCUUCCUCUCCACCUGCAACGUGUGCCUGGACCCCAUCAUUUACCUGUUCAUGUGCCAGUCUUUCAGGAGCAAGCUAGCCGAGGUGCUGCGCCUGGUCCCACGUGAGGCCGCGAGUCCUGACUCCGGCUCUCCCACCGAUAGGAGGAGAGAGAGCACAGUGCUACGGCUGAGGGAGUGCUCGUCUCUGGUGUGAAGCGGCGGAAAUCUGUGCAGACUGAGAGUGUGUUCACACAGAUGAAGCUGUUUGGGAUCUGCACUUGGAGGAAUUGUCUUAAAUAACGCAGCUGACGUCUGUCUUCUUCAAGCAGAUCGUAUGUCCUCGGCGUACGGCGGAGAUGUUCACCAGUCCGGGAGCUCUGUUUUGAGAGCCACAUUUCUCACCAAGAAAAGGCCUGCUGACAUCCAGAGCAUAGACCCCCAGUGAUCCCUCACUCUGACCUUUGCUGUGGCGGACGUUGUUCAUGACAUCGUAUAGCGUGAACAUGCAG